CUCUCUCUCUCUCUCUCUGUGUCUUUGUUACGACAUGGACCGCCGAAUCAGAAGGUCAUCAUCAAAAGCAGAGUCAAGCUAUCUCCGGUACCUCAAGCCAGGUGCUCUGGCUCAACUGAGAGACUCACGAAUCAACGCCAAGACACACAGACUCGACUCGAAAGGUCAGAUCUCUGUUUACCGUGCUCCUCCUUCUCAUUCUCCUUUAUCAUCACCUGUACGGUCACCAACAGCUGUCCAAACACAGAUCGAUGGUUUGCCUUGCUUUUCCGGGAGGAUCUACGGCGGACCACGAUGCCUCCAGAGGAAGAAGCUUGUGGCCGCCAAGUCUGUGUUCUUUCUGAGCUCUAAUCCUUCAAGUCCGACCUCCGACUUGCCCGAUCCAAUUAUUGAUGUGUUCGGUGCUGAUAUUCUUGUGGCUCAUUGAAUGAACUUGAUCAAUCAGUGAUAGGACUUUUUUUCUUUAUUAUUACUAGAUUAAUUUCUAUUACAGUGACAGAAAAUUUUCUAGUUCAUUUAAUGCAGUAUGAGAAAAAGAAAUUCCAUGCUGCUUAGGGUUCAAUUUGAUUUAAUAAAAGCAGUAAUUGCUUCAGUGUAUUUGGAUUGCUUUUAGU